AUGAAUGAUUUCCAACAAGAUUCUGUCGACUCGUCUGAUUCCGAUCCUGAGUUUUACAAAUGUGUGAGCGAGAAAUUGGGCAUACGGGCAGUAAAAGGACAAAACACUAGCAACAUUUUGUUACCUGUUUACAUCUGUGGAACCAAGAUUAUCGUUGAUCCAGAUACCGGCGCUGAUGUCGACCUAGUCUCAGUUAAAGAAUUCAAGAAAAUUCAUGAAGCAAAUCCUGAAAUCAAGAAACAAAUAAAGAAACCAAAACAGAUGAUCUACGCCCUGAAUGGUGAAGAGCUGGAAGCCAUAGCUACAAUUAAAGAUGCAAAGUUGUCAAACAAGAACACAUAA